AUGAUGAGAGCUCACCACUUGAUGCUCAGGUCUGACCCGACAAAAACAUGCAGACCUGGUAUGGCAGCUGUUGUCGGCAUACAACGCGCACAGCACGGGUUUGUGUCCGCCCCGGGCGGUUCUCCAGAUGUGUAUGACGCCGAGGAGUGUGAACUUGACAUGGUCGACUUGGUCACUGUAGGACACGAAUUGGCAGAUCGUGCCGGGUGGGCUAGACAGGCGUGCCUGUAUGACGUGUUGGCGCGUAGCAAGUGUAAGGACUCGUCUAUCAUGCUGAAGCUCUCCUAUCAACCAGGUCAAAACGAGGGAGUCUUGCUCGGCAUGUCCUUCGCGAUGUGCUUGCUACAUACGCGCAUCGUCGAGGGGAAGUGUCCGUUCGUGCCUUUGAGUCGUCAAACGGCAAAGAGGCUCGGUGGAAUAUCGCAGCGAGAGAGACGGGUUCGAGGCGUAUCUCGACGAAUUGGACGCCGAGCCGUAUUGAACAUCGAUAUUGACCCUCAAAAUGCCGCCAUCAACAUUCGUGUCUGCUUGUGCAUGCGCUUCCGAUCAAGCUUGAGAAUGACCACAUCCACCGAACACCGAGCGAUGCGACUCAGUCAACCCGAUUCAGCCUGUCAUGGAGCCAUUACCACCUACUGCGACUAG